UUUGCAGCUGUCUCUAAAAGAAGGUGGGGAAACAGGCCCACGAAGGCUGAUGGGAGCUCCUGGUGUUGACAGAGAUGGAACUGGGACUUGGAGACGCUACUGCAUUGCCCCGCUGCCUCCGGCCUAGGUGGCAGCCAGCUUUGUGGCCAACCCUAGCUGUUCUUGCCCUACUGAGCAGCGUCACAGAGGCCUCCCUGGACCCCAUGUCCCUCAGCCCCUCCGCUCGCGAUGGUCCCUCGCCGGUCCUGGCGCCCCCCACCGGCCACCUGCCUGGGGGACGUACUGCGCAUUUGUGCAGCGAAAGAGCCCUGCUACCACCGCCACAGUCUCCCCAGCCCGCACCCCCGCCGCCAGGUCCCGCGCUCCAAUCUCCUCCCGCUGCGCUCCGCGGGGUACGCGCCGCGCGUGCAGAGACCCGGAGCAGCCGCGCGCGGGCCACGGAUGCGCGCGGCUGCCGCCUGCGCUCGCAGCUGGUGCCGGUGAGCGCGCUCGGCCUGGGCCACAGCUCCGACGAGCUGGUACGUUUCCGCUUCUGCAGCGGCUCAUGUCGCCGAGCACGCUCCCCACACGACCUCAGCUUGGCUAGCUUAUUGGGCGCCGGGGCCCUGCGAUCGCCCCCUGGGUCCCGGCCAAUCAGCCAGCCCUGUUGCCGGCCCACUCGCUAUGAGGCCGUCUCCUUCAUGGACGUGAACAGCACCUGGAGGACCGUGGACCAUCUCUCGGCCACUGCCUGCGGCUGUCUGGGCUGAGGAUGCUCUCCAAGCCUUUGCACACUGAACCCUUGUGUCGCCCUGCCUGGAACAGCCCCACCCGGCCUCGCUAGCCAGGAACCUCAGUCGGAAAAGGAGGCUGUAGAGCUCAGGCCCCAGGCCGGUGAGUGACAUACAUCGAGCCAGAAUAGAUGACCUAACUAACCACUGACCAACAGCACCAAGGUGCUCAUGGAUCCCAGCUCUACAGACACCAGAAACCUCAGCUAUGGAGAACUCCUCUGGGAGAAUUCAGAAAUGGCCCCAGGUCCUGGGGAAUGAAUU